AUGAUAUUAAGUUGGGAAUUAACAUUGAUUUUUCUAGUAGGGAUUAAGAUGAAUUUGAAUAGAAAUUUAUUAACAAAUGUUAAUUCUAUUAGAAUUUAAUUAAGAGAAACAGAAAAUCAUAAAGGAAAGUAUUAUAUGAUUUUAAAGUUAAUUGAGUAAUUGCAAUUAAUCUGCCCAGAAAACACAUAAUGUAAAAGUAAAGAAUGCAAUCUAAUGCAUCCAAGAUGUCUUGCAGGAAUUUGUAUUGACAAUUUAAAUAGUAAAUGUAAGAAACCUUGCCCUAAGAAUUUGAUUCAUAUGGGUAAGGGUAGUUUGAAAGAGAAACUCUAAAUGAUGACAAUUAAUGGGGUUUUUGUUUUUAAUCUAUGCCAAAAAUUUGAGUGCAAAAACUGCAAUUGUUAUUAUUUACACAGAGAUUGGAUAUCAAAGAGAAAUAUUUGCAUUAAGUAUUUAAAAAAUAGCGAUGAUUGUGAGGGGGAGUGUGAAAAAAAUUAAAAACAUGUUGAUUGGGAAGCACUCCGAUUAGAAGUGUUGAAGGAAUAUGAAUAUAAAAAUUUAAGUCCAGAGGCUAUAACGGAUGUAGGUAAAAUAUAUAAUGGCUUGGAAAAAUAUUGCCUUAAGAAUUUUAAAGGUAUUUGCGAUUACAAAGGAUAAUGCCCGAAAUUUCAUGUUGAUUGGGAGAAUGUUAAAAAUGUAUCAGCUGAUUAAUUUGAAAGGAAAAAAUUGAUACCAUGCACUCAUAGUUUGAAACCAGAAUCAGAAAAAAUGGAUGCCAAGUCAUUUAAAAAGUUAGAAUUGCUUUUCGAAAAGUAAAAACUCUAAAAAUUAAAUCUUGAGAUUAAAGAAAGCAACAUUUUGGAUGUUGUUUUUAUAAUGGAUUGCACUGCCAGUAUGGAAACUUGGAUUGCUCAAGCAAGAGAAAGUAUAUCAGAAAUAAUCGAUAUCUUUAACAAAACUGUAUCAGAAACAUAAAUUAGAAUUGCUUUUGUUGGCUAUAGAGAUUUUAAAGACUAAAAACAUAUUUAAUAUUAUGAUUUUACAACGGAUGUUAAAUUAGUAAAAUAAUUUAUCAGUACUCUAGAAGCUACAGGAGGUGAUGACGAAGCAGAAGAUGUUGCAGGGGGAAUUGAGCAUGUUUUAAAAUUGAAUUUUUCAAAACACCCUUAAAGUAUACUUUGCACAUUUUUGAUAAGUGAUGCUCCAACACAUGGCAAAUAAUAUCAUGAUGAUUCAAUUGAAGAUUAACAUAAAGAUGAUAUUUAAUAAGGCUCUUUAGAAAAAUUAAUGCAGGCUUUGGAUUAAAAAAAAACUCCUAAUAAUUAUUUCUUUUGUUGUAAAUUAAAUGAUACUACAAAUAAGAUGUUUGAAAUUAUGAAAUAAAACUUCAAGAAUUUAGAAAUAAGCUAAUUAGAAACAAAAGACUUUAAGAAUUAUGUAUCUUUAUCCGUGAUUAAUUCUUUUUAAUCCUCCUGUUUAAUUCCAAAAAAUGUUACAUAAACAUAAAAAUUUCAAGCUCACUUUAUUUGGCAUAAAACGAUUGAACCAGUUCAAUGCACUUACAAAAAUCAAUUAAACUACUUUUCUAAUUUUUUAACUUAAAUGGGGAAAAAUUAAGUUGGAGGAGAUACCAUUCUAGAAAUAUAAAUGAAUGAAAAAAUAUUGAAUACAAAUGAUAAUGGAAAGGUUUCCUACAUUUUUGAAGCAUUUGACAUAAGAAACAAUUUGAAAAUUAUUAUUAAGCUGCCAAAAAAGAUUGUUGACCAAUAUAAGAAGGGCACAGCCAGGGCUAUAUUUGGUGGUAGGAAAGGGGUCAUCACAUCUCAGUAACUUAAGGUUGUUACUUAUCGUUUGAUUCCUUAAUCAAACAUCCUCUAAUACUAAAAGGAUAAAGUGCCAUUCAGAACUGCAAAAACGUCAUAAUCCUUCUUAUAAGUAGACCCUAAAUACAAGGGAUGAAAUGAUGUGAAACGUCACUCAAGGGAAAGAUAUAUUUGGGUCUGGAUAGCACAGAGGCUUGAACCUCUUUGAUCAGCUAUUUAUAAGAUGGCGAUCAAGAGAAAAAUCUAAUUUCACUUAAAC